GUGUUCGUUAACAAACUUUGUUUGGUUACUGAGAAAACUGAGGGAACCAUAAGAGAAAGAAAGAUGCUUGCUUUAUGGAUUAUGGGGUGUUUUUGUUUUCAAAAAUUGAAACUUUCUGUUCUCUGGCAUACUAUACCAAAUGGGGUUUAAAAAAAAGGGAAAUUUUGAAUUUAUGCUCUCUCUUUUUUUUUUUUGGUUUCUUUUUUUGAUAUUCUGUGGCUGGCCAAAGAGGGAAACAGAGCUUGACUUGAGUUAGUUUCUAGUACUAGUACAUUUUGUGUGUUUAUGUUAAAGAUAAUUAUGCAAUGGUUACUUGAUAUCUUUGUUACAUUCUCUUUUUUAAGGCUAUAUUUUGAUCCUGUUUUGACAAAAUCGUACCUUUCUUUCGUCCUUUUCUACUUUUCUGUUUCUGCUUUAUCUGUUCUUGGUUUUCUCUCUCUCGUGGGAAUUCAAAGUUCUACAUUUUCUCUCUCCUUCUCUCUCUCUUUACUUUGAAAUAAUGGUCUAGUCUUAAUUCUGAAUUGCUUUUUAUAAAGUGGAAACUAAUUACAAAAGAAUGUAUAGUUUGUUCUAUUUUUAAGCCUUUUAUAGACGAUCCCCCAUAAAUAUGAGGGUUUUAAUUAAGAUUGUGCCAAGUAAUAUGCUACUUGUUGUCAACUCUUUGUGUUGAUCUCUUCUUUGGUUGUCUUGUGAUGCUCAAACUUACAAGCUGGUUCCAUCGUUGAUUCAAGCAAUCGCCUAUGGCUUGUAUUUGACCAAGAUAAAGAAGACCAUGGUUUUCUACAUCGAGGUGUAAGGUGAUUUGUGGGGGAAUCUUUAGGUUUUUGGAUAGCCUUUUCUUGGUUGUCUAGCUAGCAAAUCUCAGAAUUUUAUCUGAGAUCUGUUCUGGCAAUCGGAGGAAACUUGUCAAUUAUUUACACCACGGAUGUCUUCUUUGUUCUGCGGUUGAGCAAAUGGGGGCUUGUGUUUCAACUAGUCGGAGUACUUGCAGUAGCAAGAGCAAUGGAGAGCCAGUUCCUCCCCCUUGCUUGGGGAUCGGUUUUUGCGGGCCAAAGAGAACUAAAAGGACAUUCUCCGAUCAUUUAGUUACACUUCAGCAUUUACCAUCCAUACCUAACAGGGUUUUCACCAAUGGAAAGAGCCGAACUUCUUGUAUAUUCACACAGCAGGGUCGCAAGGGAAUAAACCAAGAUGCAAUGAUUGUGUGGGAAGAUUUCAUGUCUGAAGACGUCACCUUCUGUGGUGUCUUUGAUGGUCAUGGUCCACAUGGCCAUCUUGUUGCCCGCAAGGUGAGGGAUGCCCUGCCAGUAAAAUUACAGUCAUUCUUGAACUCUUGUCAAUCAAGGCAAAAUGAACCGGGUCAAACCUGUUUCAUGGGGAAUUCAAAGAAAUCAGAUGUUGGGGAUUUGGACAAGGAUGGCUCUGUCGAGGAUAAAUUGAAUUCUUUAUGGAGAGAAGCAUUCCUGAAGUCAUAUAAGGCCAUGGAUAAAGAGCUGAAAUCCCAUCCGAAUUUGGACUGCUUCUGCAGUGGGAGCACAGCUAUCACUAUUGUAAAACAGGGAUCGAAUCUGUUCAUGGGAUAUAUUGGGGAUUCGCGUGCAAUAAUGGGAUCUAAGGACAGCAAUGAUUCCAUGGUAGCAGUCCAGUUGACUGUUGAUCUGAAGCCUGAUUUGCCAAGGGAGGCUGAAAGGAUUAAGCGUUGUAAAGGUAGAGUCUUUGCAUUGCAAGAUGAACCUGAAGUGCCAAGAGUUUGGUUGCCAUUCGAUGAUGCCCCUGGUCUGGCAAUGGCUCGGGCAUUUGGGGAUUUCUGUUUGAAGGAAUAUGGAGUGAUCUCUAUACCUGAGUUUUCACACCGGACACUUACAGACAAGGAUCAGUUCAUUGUUCUUGCCUCAGAUGGUGUUUGGGAUGUCUUGAGCAACGAAGAGGUGGUUGAGAUUGUAUCCUCAGCUCCAACACGGGCAUCAGCUGCAAGAAUUCUGGUGGACUCAGCUGCUCGUGAAUGGAAGCUCAAAUACCCAACUUCAAAGAUGGAUGACUGUGCUGUAGUUUGCUUAUUUUUGGAUGGGAAAAUGGACUCGGAAUCUGAUUACGAUGAACAAGGCUUUUCUUCAGCCACUCUUGAUCAGAGCAAUCAUUCUGGUAAUGCUGCUGAGUCAGAUGAUGGGCAGAAAUCCGAGCCAUGUUUGCAAAGAAACUUUACUGUCAGGUCAGCUGAAGAAAAUGAUACUUAUGGAAGACUAGCAGCUGAAGUUGAUGGAGAUGGCGAAACAGUGAGUGCUGAUGAUCAGAGUUGGUCAGGUUUGGAAGGUGUCACACGAGUUAAUUCACUUGUUCAACUUCCAAGAUUUUCUGAGGAAAGGCCAGACCCAUAAUUUUUGAGGUUAUCUACGUAAAAUGAAAAGAGGCUGCCAUCAUUGUAAUAUUUUGGCUCUGGGGCCCCAUUAUAUUCAAAGAACGUCCUUUUAUUCUGGUGGCAUAACGUUUUGAAAAUUUAUCCUGAUAAAUGAUUGCCACAGCCUUCUGUUUUAUUCAGAGAAUUGAACCUAAUCAACAUAGCUCUGUUAAUAUGAUUUUGAUUCUGUCAAGAUUCUGAAUGUGCUUAUAUUGAUUGUGUUGGAAGA